AACCCCAAAGCCAAAACCAAAUCGUCAAAAGCAGGAGCGAGAAGAACUUGAAACAGUAACACAACCCCCGUCCCAAACCCCUACUUCGAUCACCUGAAACCCUAAAACAAUAACGCUCCCUCUCUCCCUCUCUCUCCCCGCCUAUGAAUUUCCCCGUUCCAUCACUACUCCCUCUCUUCUCUCUCUCUUAUCCAAUCCAAAACCGUUUCUGAAAACCCCUAGGGUUUGCUCUUCAUCCAAUCCACGCAACAUGUCUGUUCCCCCUGUAGAGAGUGUGUACGUUACAGAAGAGUGUAUUCGGGAAUGGAAGAACGGAAACCCUAGCUUCAAAGCUUCCAAACCGGUCCCGCUGCUUCGUUUUCUGUACGAGCUUUGCUGGGCCAUGGUUCGUGGUGAAUUACCGUUCCAGAAGUGUAAAGCGGCGUUGGAAUCGGUUGAGUUUUUGGAUGAAGGGUUGGAUGAAGAUGCGGGUUCGUGUUUCGCAGAUAUCGUGACUCAAAUGGCUCAAGAUCUCACGAUGACUGGAGAGUAUCGCGCUCGACUCCUUAAAUUGGCAAAAUGGCUGGUGGAAUCUGCGUUGGUUCCGCUGAGGCUUUUUCAGGAGCGUUGCGAGGAAGAAUUUUUAUGGGAGAGUGAAAUGAUCAAGAUUAGGGCGGCAGAUUUAAAGUCUAAAGAGGUCAGAGUGAAUACUCGUUUGCUUUAUCAGCAAACCAAAUUUAACCUUCUUCGGGAAGAGAGCGAGGGCUAUGCAAAGCUGGUUACCCUGCUUUGUCAAGGUUGUGAAGAAUCAACUCAGAAUGCAUCAGCAGCAACAGUUGGCAUAAUUAAGUCGCUCAUCGGACAUUUUGAUCUGGAUCCAAAUCGGGUUUUUGAUAUUGUAUUGGAGUGUUUUGAGCUUCAGCCUGAUAAUUGCGUGUUCUUGGAUCUGAUUCCCAUAUUUCCUAAGUCUCAUGCUUCCCAGAUUCUUGGUUUCAAGUUCCAAUACUAUCAGCGUAUGGAAGUGAAUCGCCAUGUAUCAUUAGGGCUCUAUCAGCUCACAGCUUUACUGGUGAAGGAAGACUUCAUUGAUCUUGAUAGCAUAUAUCCACAUCUACUUCCCAAGGAUGACGAGGCGUUUGAGCUAUAUAAUUCCUUUUCUUCUAAGCGGCUUAAUGAGGCUAAUAAAAUUGGUAAAAUAAACCUCGCUGCUACUGGAAAGGAUCUAAUGGAAGAUGAGAAGCAAGGAGAUGUGACCAUAGAUCUUUUUACUGCUAUAGACUUGGAAAGUGAGGCAGUCACUGAACGAGCUUCAGAGCUUGAAAACAAUCAAACUUUGGGCUUGCUUACUGGAUUUCUUUCAGUGAAUGACUGGUAUCAUGCCCAUAUUCUUUUUGAUCGUCUUUCACCACUUAAUCCGGCCGAACAUAUUCAAAUUUGUAACCAAUUAUUCAGGCUCAUUGAAAAGUCUCUCUCUUCAGCAUAUGAACUUGUCCGGCAAACUUAUCUUCGGAACUUGGUGUUGCCUUCUGCAGCUGUUAGUGAUUCAAUGGAAACAAACUCAUCUGUAAAGAGAUUUUUUGUUGACCUUCCGAAAGAGCUUUUUGAGAUGCUUUCAUGUGCUGGACCUUAUCUCUACCGCGAUACAUUACUGCUACAGAAGGUAUGUAGGGUAUUGAAAGGCUAUUACCUCUCUGCAAUUGAGCGUGUCAGGUGUAGUGAUGGAUCUUUUGAUCCUGAAAGUGGUUCUGGUGUAAACGGAACUCCUCGUCUGCAUCUAAAGGAAGCUAGGUUAAGGAUUGAGGAGGCCCUGGGAACAUGUCUGCUUCCUUCUUUGCAAUUGACACCUGCAAAUCCGGCGGUUGGGCAGGAGAUAUGGGAAGUUAUGAAUCUACUUCCGUAUGAGGUGCGUUAUCGCUUGUAUGGCGAGUGGGAAAAAGAUGAUGAGCGUAUUCCAAUGGUUUUGGCUGCAAGGCAAACUGCGAAGUUAGACACGAGAAGGAUCUUGAAACGGCUUGCAAAGGAAAACCUAAAGCAGCUGGGUCGAAUGGUUGCUAAACUAGCUCAUGCCAAUCCAAUGACAGUGCUACGAACAAUUGUCCAUCAGAUAGAGGCAUACCGGGAUAUGAUUGCUCCUGUUGUUGACGCAUUCAAGUACUUGACGCAGCUUGAGUAUGAUAUUUUGGAGUACGUUGUGAUUGAGCGAUUGGCACAAGUUGGACGUGAGAAGCUUAAAGAUGAUGGCCUUAAUUUGUCAGACUGGCUCCAAUCUCUUGCUUCAUUUUGGGGACACUUGUGCAAGAAAUAUCCAUCAAUGGAACUGAGAGGUCUUUUCCAGUAUCUCGUGAAUCAGUUGAAGAAAGGGAACGGAAUUGAGCUAGUUCUGCUACAGGAACUUAUCCAGCAAAUGGCUAAUGUCCAAUACACAGAGAACAUGACGGAGGAACAGCUAGAUGCCAUGGCAGGGAGUGACACUCUCCGAUAUCAGGCUACUUCUUUUGGGAUAACUCGAAACAACAAGGCAUUGAUCAAAUCCACUAACAGACUGAGGGACUCGUUGCUUCCAAAGGAGGAUCCAAAAAUAGCUAUUCCACUGCUGUUGCUUAUUGCCCAACAUCGUUCUGUGGUUGUCAUAAAUGCAGAUGCUCCAUACAUUAAGAUGGUUAGUGAGGAAUUUGAUAGAUGCCAUGGAACCCUUCUUCAAUUUGUGGACUUCCUGUGUAGUGCAGUUACGCCAGCAACAGCAUAUGCUCAGCUGGUUCCGCCUCUUAAUGAUCUUGUACACCUUUACCACCUCGAUCCUGAGGUGGCUUUCUUAAUCUACCGGCCUGUAAUGAGGCUCUUCAAAUGCCAGAGUAGUUCUGAUGUCUUCUGGCCUUUGGACAACAUUGAAGCUCCAAAAGAGUCCGAGUCAUGUGGCAAAUUGGUUCUGGAUCUUGGUCCUUCUCGAAAGCCUAUAACGUGGUCGGAUCUUCUUGAUACUGUUAGUACAAUGUUGCCUUUGAAAGCAUGGAACAGCCUCUCUCCAGACCUGUAUGCCACCUUUUGGGGUCUCACACUUUACGAUCUUUAUGUCCCCAGAAGCCGUUAUGAGUCUGAAAUUUCCAAGCAGCAUGCAGCACUUAAAGCUCUGGAAGAACUCUCUGAUAAUUCGAGCUCAGCAAUCGCAAAAAGGAAGAAAGACAAGGAAAGGAUUCAAGAAUCUUUGGAUCGUCUUACUUUUGAACUCCAAAAGCAUGAAGAAAAUGUUGCAUCUGUUCGCAGGCGGCUUUCUCAUGAGAAGGAUAAAUGGUUGAGCUCUUGUCCAGAUACCUUGAAGAUUAACAUGGAGUUCCUUCAGCGAUGUAUCUUUCCGCGCUGUACUUUCAGUAUGCCUGAUGCGGUUUACUGUGCCAUGUUUGUGCAUACUCUUCAUUCUCUUGGCACGCCGUUUUUCAACACGGUCAACCACAUUGAUGUUCUGAUUUGUAAAACCUUGCAACCUAUGAUAUGCUGCUGCACUGAGUAUGAAGUGGGUCGACUUGGGCGGUUUUUACAUGAGACAUUGAAGAUUGCUUACUACUGGAAGAGUGAUGAAUCUGUAUAUGAACGGGAGUGUGGAAACAUGCCUGGGUUUGCGGUCUACUAUCGAUAUCCGAACAGCCAGCGCGUUACUUACAGUCAGUUCAUUAAGGUACAUUGGAAAUGGAGUCAACGGAUCACAAAGUUGCUGAUUCAAUGUUUGGAAUCCACUGAGUACAUGGAAAUCCGGAAUGCUCUUAUACUCUUGACAAAAAUUGCUGGUGUUUUUCCAGUCACUCGAAAGAGUGGGAUAAACCUUGAAAAACGGGUGGCUAAAAUCAAAAGCGACCAAAGGGAGGAUCUCAAAGUGUUGGCUACAGGUGUUGCUGCAGCUUUGGCUGCAAGAAAGCCUUCAUGGGUUACAGAAGAAGAAUUUAGCAUGGGCUAUGUUGAACUAAAGCCGCCCCCUACACUCGCUUCAAAAUCUUUAGCUGGUAAUUUAGUUUCUGUACAAAAUGGUUAUGGCCUUAAUGUCCAAAGUGAACCUGCUGGGGGAAGAGUUGUUGACGCAGGAACUCAACAUUCAGAUCCUGGGAAUGCUGUCAAAGACCAGAUAUCGAGGGCAAAACCAGUAGAUGGAAGACUUGAGAGAACAGAAAGUGCUUCACUAAAAUCUGAUUCUGGACAUGCAAAACUGAAACCUGUCCCGUUAGUAAAUGGGUCAGAUGGUCAGGCUUCCAUGCCCUCUGCUUCUGUUCAUGCCGGAACGUUUAAGUCGAUAGAAAGUCAGAAACAGAUGGACGAGUCUACAAACCGGAUAUUGGAUGAGAAUGUCACCAAAGUUGGAUCGAAGACAUCUGCAGAAUCUGAGGUGAGAGCCCCAGUAAAAAGGUCAUUGCCUUCUGGAUCUCUUUCAAAGCAAUCCCGACCUGAUAUAGGAAAAGAUGAUAGUAAAGCUGGAAAAUCUACUGUUCCUUCUCCCGCUCUGGCUUCUGGAAAUAGUCUUCCAACUUCAGUUAAAGGUUCUAAUCCAUUUGCAAAACCAUUAGAUACCCAUGGCAGUGAACCAAAGAUAGAGAGUGGAGCUGCAAAGUCUUCUGAUUUGAGGGUUUCUACUAUGAAGGAUGAUAACAUUGGAAAUGCUGAUGUUCAAAGACCCCCUUCUUCGAGACCUGUUCAUUCUCCUAGGCAUGAUAACUCAAUAACAGCUUCAAAAUCUGGUGAUAAACCACAAAAGAGAGCCAGCCCCGCUGAAGACCUGGACCGACUAAAUAAGCGUCGGAAAGGGGAAACUGAUUCGAGAGAUUUAGAGGCUGAUGUUCGAUUCCCUGAUAGAGAGAGGUCAGUAGAUGCUAGAUUAGCUGAUAAACAUGCUCCAAUAGAUAUUAUUGACAAAGUCGAUGAGCAAAUUAUCAAUAGGGCCAUAGAUAAACACCUGGACAGGUCCAAAGACAAGGGAAGUGAGAGACAUGAGAGGGACUACAGGGAAAGGUUGGAAAAAUCCCGUGGAGAUGACAACAUGAUGGAAAAAUCGAGAGAUAGGUCUUUGGAAAGAUAUGGGAGAGAGCGUUCUCUGGAAAGAGGUUCUGAUCGGGGCUCUGAUAAGCUUACUGAAAAAACGAAGGAUGAAAGGAACAGAGAUGAUAGAACGAAAUUGCGUUAUAACGAAACAUCCACAGAGAAAUCACACGUCGAUGAUCGAUUUCACGGGCAAAACUUGCCUCCACCACCUCCAUUACCUCCUCACGUAGUCCCUCAAUCAGUUACGGGUAGAAGAGAUGAGGAUGCUGACAGAAGGUUUGGAAAUGCUAGACAUUCUCAAAGGCUUUCGCCGAGACAUGAGGAGAGAGAACGGAGGAGAUCCGAGGAGAAUAACUUCGUUACACUGGAGGAUGCAAAACGUAGAAGAGAAGAAGAUUUUAGAGAGAGAAAGCGGGAAGAACGAGAGGGCCUAUCGAUGAAGGUGGAGGAGAGGGAAAGGGAAAGAGAGAAACCAAUCCUUUUGAAGGAGGAUAUGGAUGCAAAUGCAGCCUCUAAGAGACGAAAACUCAAAAGAGACCAUCUUCCCGAGGCAGGUGAGUUUUCACCGGCUGGCCCACCGCCUCCUCCCUUAAAUAAUGUUGGUUUGGCACAACCCUAUGACGGAAGAGGGGACAGAAAGGGGGCCAUGGUCCAGCGUCCAGGUUACUUGGAGGAACAACCAUCUCUAAGGAUUCAUGGAAAGGAAGCAACCAGCAAGAUUGCACGUCGUGAACCCGAACCGAUGUAUGACAGAGAGUGGGAUGAUGAGAAAAGGCAGAGAGCUGAACCAAAGAGGCGGCACCGGAAGUAAUACUUGAAUGAUGACAUUAAGAUUUUCUCUUUAACUGCUGGCUGGGUUGUGAUAUGCAUUGGGUUGAUCCACAAGCUCAUUCUUUCGUGGUUGCUAUUGUAUUGUUGAGCAAGUGAUUGGUGAGUUUCCGACUUUCUUCUUGCUUGAUGCAUAUGAUAAAGCAAGGGGUUUCCAUUGGGUAUGAAUACAAUGAACUCAGCAAGUUAUUGACACAUGAUUUCAGGCCUGCUGUGUAACAUUAAGAGGUUGAAUGUUUGAAGUGGUCAGUAAUUUAUGCAUUGUAUUCAAUAUCAGACUCUUCUGUGAAAAUACAUACCAAAUUUGAGCAGAAAUUUUGAGUAAAAACGUUUGAAGUGGCUUCAA